AUGGAAAAAUACUCUUUUCACCAGUUACACAAACUUUUCAAAGCUGAACCACUGGAGAAUAUACAGAAGGUUUCUGAAGAGAUUGGACCAAACGCCGCUGUCAAGAAAGAUACAGGUAGAUGGUCCUUACUUCACAUCGCAUCAACCACAGAUAGAUCAGAUGUAACACAACACCUUAUUACCAUGGGAAGUGAUGUGAAUGUUCUUGACAAAGAUGGUAAGUCUCCUUUGUAUUACUGCCAGUCUCAAGAGGUCGCCAAGUUGUUGAUCGAUGCUGGCGCUGAGGUGAAUCAUCCAAGCAUUUUGGGUAAGACACCUGUACACUAUGCAUGCAUAUCAAACGCUACUCCUGAGGUGCUUAAACUCCUACUGAAGUCUGGAGCGCUGGUAAAUGCUCAAGACAGGUUUGGUGACACCCCCUUUUUGAAUGCUUGUGGCAUGGCUUAUGGAUGUAUCGACGAAGAAGAGUUUGCACUGAACCUGCCAAAGAUAAACAUUCUGAUUGAUCACGGAGUUGAUGUCAACCACACGAAUGCAAAAGGGGAAAACGGAUUGCAUAUUUGCUGCCAAUAUCGCAGUCAAGAAAUAGUGGAAAUACUGCUGAAAUGUGGUGUAGCGGUCAACGCCCUGAACAAAAAGCACCAGACACCCUUGUUCAUGGCUUGUUGCGGCGCUGUUUCUGCACGUGAAGGAAAGGAAGCUAUCUUGACUACCCUGACAGCCUUGCUGGAGCAUGGGGCAGAUCCCUUGAUACCAGAUGAACAAGGACUGACACCACUUCACGUGUUGAUGCUACGUCAAGGCAAUUACGCAUCAGAAUCUGAUAUUGCAUCAUUUGCUGAUGUCUUAGUUAAACAUGGAGCUAGCCUGAAUGUCAGAGAUAACAUGCUACGCUCUCCUGUACAUUAUGCAAGUUACGCAGCUGCCCAUCAGAAAUGGCUAACAGUAUUACAGGAGUUGAUGCCACUUGGGGCAGACAUCAAUUUGCAGGAUGCGGAAGGCUUUACCCCUGUUCAUGUCACUGCAACACGCGAUCGCAGUCGCCUGACGACAUUUCAGUGGCCUUGGGACUGCAUAGAAGGUAACGACACUGUCAAACAAGCCAUCAACUGGAAUUGUGCUCGAAAAAAUGGAGUGACGUUGGCUCACAUUGUUUUAGCUCACAAAGGGCUUAAGCUUGGAGGGUGUGAAGUUCCAUGGGACAUAAAUGCACAAGACGAGUUUAUGUCAACACCAAUGCACUAUGCGGAAUUUACAAAUAACACCAUUGCGCCCUGUUAUUUGUGGGUGUCAGGCACUGUAGCUGACGUCACGUUAGCAAACUGUUUAGGGGAAAGUGUCAUUGAUUGUGCAGUGACAACGCUUAACCAAGAAAUGAUCGAUCAACUUAAAAAGUACGGAGGGAGCCAUCCAACAUUAAAAAAAGAGAGAAGGGUGCCAAGCAGUUCCUGCGAACUUUGUGCUCAGUUUUCACGGCAAGGUGAAGGCCCUUUUUAUAAGCCAUUUGAAAAAAAGGAAGAGCCAGUUUCAGUGGAUGUGAAGGAAGUUCAAAUAAACCCACCAAUAAACGUGGAGGAAUACGUGGAACAUGUUUUGCACACACCGAGGAGAGGAAAAGUAUCACUUCAAAGUGACGAAGUGGCCCAAAUUUGCCAGGAAACGGAAAACCUUAUAGGGAAGAUUCUUGAUGAAGUAGCCCACUAUGAUCCUCGUUUCCGAUCGAUAAUGAUCGUAUCAGGGAGUGUUCGUGAGAGAACCAAGGCUGGACUACCUGAUGAGUUUGAUUUCAUGUGCAAGCUUCAAACGUUCAGCUCUAGUUGCAGAGUAAUCGAAGACGGUACAUGUUCACCCGGUUUUGUACGUUUGGCGAAGAGUGCUGAUGCCUGUGAGAGCAUGAAUGAAUUCUUUGAUAAUGAUGGAUAUCUGCUGCCCUAUUUGGUCAGGUCCAAGUUCCAGCAAAUCGUGAGGCAGGUCAUGUUUGAUUCCAAGUUGUGGCAAAAUUGCCGAAUCUGCUCCAAUUUCGUCCUUCCCAGCUCAGACACGAGUAUUGCCGCUCCUAAGCCGUCAAUCAUCAUCGAGCUCUGUUGGAAUGGCCCAGUCUACAAGAACAUGAUAUACUCAGUCGAUGUUGUGCCAGUCAUAGAUGUCGGGGCUUCGUUUUGGCCAAAGGAUGCAAUCUCGUAUAGCCGUCUUCUGGAAAACGUUGAAAAACAGUGCCUCUUCACAAUGGCCAUUCCAAGGUUUGAACGUGGUAUUUUUGGGAAUGAAGUGAGAAUAUCCUUCUCUCUUGUCGAGAGUGAAAUCUUCGACAACAUUCCUGAAAACCUCAAGGAUGCCUAUAUUGUUGCUAAAGCCAUUCGUGAAGUAUGCCCAGCAUUGGUGGAUGAAGAGCAAAUUCUCCACGAUGAGAAACAUCAUUAUGCCUCCUCUUUAUUUCCCUCUUAUUGGCUAAAAACGGCUUUGUUUCACGAACUAGACAAACACGGUCUGGACGAGAGGCACAACUUAAAAGUAUGGGUGCAACGAAUCUACGAGAGAAUACGUCAAUAUGUGUGCCAGGAUGAAGAAUUCCCAUCGUUUUUCAUGCCUCGGCAAGACUUCGUUGCCUCUAGAUUGAAGGGAAGAGAUCAGAGCCGGGCGGAUGCUGCAAAGCUGGAAAGAGAGUUAACGGCUUGUAAGAAAAUAUGUGAAAUCAUUCAUCGGUUAUUAUCAAGUGGCGAUCGGGCGACCGUGUGCGCCUUUUAGUAGUCACAAGCGCGUUGUACUCAGUACUUCACAGUACUGGGAUUACCUUUGUUUAAUUCAAUGUAGAUUAACUAUUACAUUUGGUAACCGAGCCAUAGAUCUUGGACUUGCCUGGUACCUCAUGAAAGGGACUUGGUUGCUAAUUUCGAUCACGUUUAACCUAUUUGAUCCCUUCGAUUGUAGAAAGGUUGCCUUUGCCUUCUACCCAAACGUCGUUUGAGUUUCAAGGUUCAUCAGAUGUAUGUUUCGAAGUAGUAGUUUGUUAUUGUGACUAUAGUUUCAUAACAGAUGUUGACGACAAAGACCCUGAAACUAUUUGAAGUCAACAUAAUUGACAUCUAUAUAGUUUUACUAGUUUCCCAUUAUAAUUCCUUGCCACUUGAUCUCCUUUGAUAAAUAAUGAUAAUAAUUACAAUAAUGAAAUUUUUUUAUUUCAUUUAGCAAAUUGUACUAAAAGCUCUAUACCGCUUUACACAACCUCGUUCCCAGGGCGUUUUUCCCCGGCUUUAAAGCCAUGGGAAAGCGCCCCGGGGACGAGGUUGCGCUUUACAAUUAUAGUAGCAAAUUCCGACAAAUACCUGUGCUUUAAAAAACAAAGAAAUUAUAUGCAAUUCGAAAGAAAGAUAGGUCUUCAAAGUCUUUCAACAUAGCGCCAGAUGGACUACUUUUCUCCACUGGCAGGUCAUUCCAAAAGCUAGGCGCAGCAACCGGAAAAAACUAUGUCGCCAUAACUUUUCAGGUUUGUUCUCGGAACCUGUAAAAGGUACUUGUUUGCAGACUUAGUUAAGACGUAGUGAAUCAAUACAGAGAUGGUAUCAGAGAUGCCCCUUAUAAUCUCUUGAUAAUAUAAUAAAUAGCAGGAAGAUUAUUUAAGGCCUCCUCAGGCUCCCGGCCUCCUUUUAUUCUCUUCCAUUCAGCGGCUAAGUCUCCUUUAACCUUUCACCCAUCUCAGAAGCGGAAAAAAAACGCUACAAAAUUUUCCAAUUUAAUUUUGUAAAAUGCUGAAAAACAAAUAGUACCAUGUGAACACCGUAGGUUUUCAGCCACAGAGUCCCCAGACCUCACUAUUCCACGCGGCCAAAGCGUUUCGGGUCACGUGGCUCAAGCGAAGCUGUGGCCAAAUUGAAUUGACCGAGAGGAACUGGGACUAGGGACUAGGCAACGUAAACGAUGCAUUCACUCUUGAAACUCUCUUGAAGCAGAAUGUAGUUUGCAAAGAAUUAUUACUUUGCAUUUAUGCCCCUUAAAUAAACCACGUACUAGUCAACUCGAUUGUUUUUGCCUACUAAGCAUGCAAUACAAAUCGUCAUUGAGGGCACUUUACACACUUUUCCGGAUUUUUUCGAAAUCUAUAUAUUGAUCACCUACUUCUUGACAGUUUCAGUUCCAACCAGCGUCAAAGUCUCCGUUCGAAAGGGAAAAAAUAUAUGAUUUACUAAACUGCAACAUGAUUAGCUGCGGGAGGUCGCGGGUUCAAACCCCAGCCGGGCCAACACUCAGAGUCUUUAAAUAACUGAGGAGAAAGUGCUGCCUUUUCAGUUACAUCUACAAACGGUUAGUCUUUCUAGUCUUCUCGGAUAAGGACGAAACACCGUAGGUCCUGUCUCACAGCACUUUCCGUUAUCUGGUUCUUGCAUUGUGGAACGUAAAAGAACCCACACCACUGUUCGAAAAGAGUCGGGGACGUAAAUCCCAGUGGUGUGGCCAACCUUUCUUGGGCUGGGUGGGAUAUCUGUAAGGACACACUUAAAUUGGAGCCCCGCUCUGUUUUGUGUCACUCCAUAUGGUGAAAGUUAUUAAAUAAAUAAACAUAUAAAUAAGCAGCUUCUAGUUUGUCUCUUUUUCGUUGCUAUCGCCAUCUUUUGCUCUUUAAAGGAGCAGUAUCACGAAAAAUUCAGAGGCGUCGGAGCGUUUUGGGACGAGGGAAACUCAUCGUACACCAAGCCAAUCGUAUACCCCUUGCCAUCUUAUAGGUAUGUCCGUAAUCGACUGUGACAAUGCAUAAGUAGGCACGGUUGUUCAGACGAUCGUGCUACAUGGUGCUUCUUCUUACAUUUAGAGAACUCCCAUACGAAAGAGACGGGGAAGCUUCUCAGCAAUCUAGAAUUAGUAAACCCCUUAAGGAGACUAAUCAGUGUCCGUGACUCAGGUUUUAUUUGACCCCUAAAAUGAGAGCCGUACUAGAUACAGAUAUUUCUUUACGCACAACCCUAAGCGUAUGGGUAAAAAUAUUGGCUUUCUGUUCGCUUACCCUACAGUAGCCUGCGUGCAGACGAUAACUAAACUCUGAUUAGUAGAGUUUAAUUUCGUCUGCGCGCAGGCUUACCCUACUGUGAGACCAUUUCUUCAGCGAGAUCAGACGACAAGCCCCCAGGGUGGAUGGGGAAGGAAUGAUACUCAAUAAAGUUUUACAUGGGGAGGCUCCGUCCCAAGGUCCAACCCCUUACCCUUUUAAAACGGAAGUUGCAUGGAAGUGAGGCUUAUAGCCUUCGCGGAUAGAAUCAGAUAAAGAGGGACUGUUCGGUGCUGCGCAACGGCAAUCAAGCUUUUUUUUGUUCUUGUUUAACAUUGCGAGCUAGGGACACGGGGAGAGAUUACAGGCUGUAGUAAAUUUUUAAGCACGAAAUUUUGGAAGGAAUAUUUUUCCGCGCGAAAGCCACUCUUCAGUUGGUUCAUUGUUCUUUAAUAUUUACAUCAUCCGUUCCGGUUCCCGUUACUAUCACUUAAUCACAUGAUUGACAACAUGUUUCCGGCUGAAAAAAUUCCAGGCAGGCCACGUUCACGGCACGAAUAAUUUAAUUUGAACAAAUCUCCUUUUGAGUUACUGGUUCCAGAAACUUUUUACUUCAUACUCUUUUUGCGCUUUAGAUUCGUGGGAACUGGAUAUUACAUUGGGACCACACAGAAUGUUUAUGAGGAGACGGCCGUCGAUCCCUGGGCCCUUGCCUCUAAAGCCCCUCCCCCUACAUACCCACCCGGAUUACCCCGCAUGCGUGUGCGUUGGCAGUGAUCUGUUCUUGUUGUUUAUACUAGCCACUUUAUUGGGACUUUAUAGAGAAGGUUUCUGUUCUAUUUUCCUUCGCGACAGAGUUUUAGCUAUGGCGUUUCGUUAUAAAGCUGCAAGGUCUUUGUCUUAUGUCGCCAGGAUUUGUAAUAGAUCUCCUCAAGCAAUCUACACUAGCCAAAAGUGGCUUUGUUCAGCGCCCGCAGGCUCGAGUCUCGACGAACCAGGUAUGAAAGAUUGUUCUUUUCAUGCUUAAGUUUAUCUUAAAACCGUAAAAUAUAAAGUUGCGUAUUUCAUAGUAAUGGAAACAUUCGGUGGAAUAUAAAAUAUUUCUGAAUUAUUGGUAUGUUAUUCGUUCGUGCGUUGCCACAUUAUCGCGUUUGUUGGCAGCUCAGUGAUGUCCAAUGAAAUCGAUAUGUCACGCAAUGAAGAAAAAAAUACUCAACAACCAUAACGUUUACGUUUAUUCAAAUAAUCCACAAAAGCAUAGCCAUCACGUGGAUGUAAAUUAAACUAAACUCUAAGCUCCAGUUUCUCGUUUAUGAGAGUAAAGGUGAUUGUUUGUAAGAUAAUUUAGUAUAGGUAAUAGCAUGAUUUGUAGUGAUAUUUCGAAAUUGUUAUACGUAAUUUCACGAGCCGUUAGGCAAAUGAAAUUUGAGACAAUUUUGAAAUAUCACGAGUGGUAUUUACGCCAAAUAUCACUAUCACUAAAUCAUGCUAUUAUUUGUUUAUACUACUACCCACAAAAGGUUUGUAAUUCUCACACAUAGGUAUUUCAAAUUAAGUUGAAAUACCACUGCUCUAAGCCAAUCAAAUUGCAGAAAUUUCUCAUGUAGUAGUAUAAGACGUAUAACCUGUGUACGUACAUCGUACAUACAUCAAGAUGCCAUCUUGCUUUGUAAAUCCUUAUGGUGAACGUGGACUACCUUUGAAUUAAACCAUGAUCAUAAUGCAAACAAGUGUAUGUAAGGAUGCUUUUCACUAAUGACAGAAUCGGAGUCAGAAUCAUAAACAAAGGCGUAAAGAGCGCUUAUGACUUAGUGAAAAUCAAAAAUCAGAGUUGUUAGUGGAGUCAUAAGUGCAAUGGAAUUGCAGUUGGAAAAAUCAGAACGUUUCCAUUUUCUUGUGACUCUGCUUAUGACUCCAUUGUUUAUGAUCUAGUAAAAACCAGAUUGUUGGAGUCGGAAGCAGAAGUGGAAGAAUAAACAUAUCACAAUGCUCAUUCCCUGCUUUGUGAUUGGUUUUGUUCGUCCGCUUCUGCUUGUGACUUUGACAAAACUAGUUUUCACUUAUUAUUGUAAUCAACAGAGUCGUAAGUGGAAUCAGAAUGCUCUUUUCACUAAAUCGUAAAGCUCUGUGCUUCUGACUACAACUCCAACUGACUCCAUCGCUAGUGAAAACCGGCCUCAAAGAAGAUUUUAAUUAAAAAUUUGAUCGUACAGUCUGUCAUGGCUUUUUUGCUUGCCUCUCACUAAGCCGAGACUCUGGUUAAAAUGAUACCUUCAUCAAUUUUACCUCUUCUAGUAGUGAGAGAGGGCAGGCAAGGAGUGGGGGGGUUAUCUUGAGUUCACAAACAACAAUUGUGCGUUUCACGAGUCACAAAACAAAAUUUACGUUUUUACACUUCUCAAAAAUAGAGGUUAAACAAAAUGUCAAAAAUGCUACAUUACUCCCAUUUUGUAAAACAGAGUGCUUGGAUUAUAUUUUAGCAUGUUAACUAAAGUUUUACGAACCUUAUGAAAAACACUACACAGCUAUAAAUUCCCAAGGGAAGCCAGCUGUAGUUGGGUCUUAGCACACUGACUUGAAAGUGAAGUUAAAUCAAGCCACCAGAUGCUAGUUAAGUCGUUUGGCCGAAUAAAAUAAUGAUUUAUUUUCUUUGAUUGAUGUUCAGUGUAUGUGUAAAAAAAAAUUAUCGAGAAUUUUGGUAGUUUAGGUUUCACGGACUGCACUUCAAUCACAAUUAUUCAUGGAACAGUAUUUCAGUAUAUCACAAUUCACGGAUACCAAAAAUGGUCGUUCAUGACGUCACAAAAAUAAGCUUGCCCCCCCCCCUCUCAAUAGUCCUCCUUACACCAACCCAUUACAUCAACCCAUCUCUAACUGAAAUGCUGCUGAGACUACAUGAUUCAUUUUCAGUUCUCUCUGUAUCUUCAAUCAUAGCCUGCGUUUUUUUAAGGUGAAGGAAGAAAAUCUUGAGGACAUGUGAGUGGAGAAAAGGAAAGGGGGUGACUGCUGCAGAGACCUUGGCUUUUAAUUUACGCCUGCAAUGUAUUAAUGUGACAGCGCUGCAUCAACUGACAAAAAAUUGAUUGAAAGCAGAUCAUCUAACGACAUGAAACCAACAAUAGACCCAAACGGAAAAAUAACCUUGUGUAUUUUGGUUAUAUAUUAGCCUGCGCCACAGACGAAACUAAACUCUGGUAAAGUCUGAGGUUAAAUUAAUACGUCUGCGACGCAGGCUAGGUUAUAUCUGCAUAAAGCAAACGAUUCAAUUUUAAAUUCAGGGCAAACAUGACGAGCAGGCUUACCUAAGUCGUCCCGGUGUGCAGGCUCUUGUCAACAACAGACACUGCUAUAUUUGUGUUGAAAAAUGAUGAUGAUUUUGAUGCAAUACAUCAAUCUUUUGACCAUUGCCGCUAAUGACCAUCACCUACUAAUGAUGAUGAUGAUGAUGAUGAUAGUAAAAGUGCAUUGUUACAAUUUAUUGAUAACUGCUACAUGUACUUUGUCUGAUUUGUCUAUUUUAUUGUAGAUUUAGAAUCAGGAGCCCACAAGGACAAAAAGCUUUUCACUCCUGGGCCACUUGGUGUAAGCUUUGAUACAAAGCGAUCCAUGCUACGAGACCUUGGUUCACGUGACAUUGAGUUCAUAGGCAUUGUAAAAUCCAUUCGUUCAAGGCUUUUAGAAAUUGCUGGUGUUUCUCCCAAAGAAUACACAACAGUUUUACUUCAAGGGAGUGGAACUUAUGCAGUGGAGGCUGUUCUUACAACUACAACACCACGAGAUGGAGGGAAGGUCUUCAUUAUUGAAAAUGGUUCCUAUGGAAAGAGAAUGGCAAAGAUCUGUGAAGUUGCCGGAAUUGAAACGGUAUGAAUACAACAGUACCUGUAGUUUGCACCAACUUAAAGGUUUUUCAGUGUAUAUUUUCUGGAAUCAAGAAGAAGUCUUGUGACAAUCUCUCACUAUACUGCCCUUCCACUCUCUGCUGAUUAAACAAUUUUUUGUUGGGCAUACCUUGUAAACACAUAAAAGUGAGUCUAUAUUUUUAUCCAUUAAACCAAGCAAUUGUCGAGAGUUAUACAUGCAUACAGGGUGAAUUUCAUGGUUUCAAAAUAGUAAGAUUUCUUUAGAUUGAUGCUUCCAUUUUAACAUUUUGGUCAAUAUUUUGAAAACUAGAUUUGUGCUUGGUUAGCUUUCUGUGAUAAGUACAGUGUAAUUAUUUUAAAUGAUCACAAAAUUAUAACUUUCUUGAGUUGUGCUGAUUUUUAUUUUUAUUAGAGCAGUCAGAAAAAUCUGUCGAAGUGUUUGGCUGUUACAAUACUUAUCAUGAAAAUGAACAAAUAUUAUUUAUUCCAGUUUCUAAAUUUAUACUUACUGGCUAACUGAAUGAAAAUUACCUCAUUGGAAAUAUGGCUGAAGAGAAGGUGUCCUUCAUGUUCAGCUAUCUUGUAUCAAUAAUUUAUUGCUGAAGGCAAUAUGGCUGUAUCUUGUUUAGAAUAGAAGACAGGAAGCAAAUCACAGUGGUUUUAAAAAGACCACAAUGUUUGUAAUGUUUAAGACUUGCGUUAUUGUCAGUUCUAUUAUAAUCCUUUUUCAAUUAAGUGAGAAUUACAAAACAUACCUUCUGCUUUGUGGAAAAUUGUACAUGUAAAUUAAUUGUAAUACCCCAGCAUUUUUGUUUCCUUUCUGUCCAGGUUGUCUUGCAUGGAGAGGAAAAUGCAAAGGCAGACUUGGCUAAAGUCGAGGAAAUCUUGAAGAGUGACAAAUCCAUCACUAAUGUUGCUAUGGUGCACUGCGAGACUUCUACAGGGGUCAUUCAUCCAGUGGGAGCAGUAGGCAAACUUGUCAAAGAACAUGCUCCUAGUGCAUCCUUCUUUGUCGAUGCUAUGAGCAGCUUUGGAGCAGUUCCUCUUAAUCUAGACUUAGCCAACAUUGACUUUAUGGUCAGCUCUGCAAACAAGUGUAUAGAAGGUGUACCUGGCUUUUCUUUUGUGAUUGGGCACAUUGAGUCAUUGAAUCGGUGCAAAGGAUGGGCCCGCAGUCUUUCUCUUGACAUUGUGGAUCAGUAUGAGGGUUUGGAGAAGAAUGGUCAGUUUAGGUUCACUCCAGCUACUCAUGCCAUGCUUGCUUUUCGCCGCGCUCUGUCAGAGUUCAAAGCUGAAGGUGGUGUUGAUGGAAGGGCAAACAGGUGAGAGAGUUAUAACCUUUUGUAAGUUUUAUUUAAAGUUUAACAACUGUGAACUGCAUGCUGUGUCAUCUGCAACAGCGGUUAACAGAUCAUCCUAGUCACUAUAUAAGGUUAAGGUAAAGUUUCCUAUUUUACCAUUUAACUCAUUAUAGUCCUGAUCAUCCUAACUGAAACCAAAAAUUGCAAGUUGCACCCCUAAGUGAGACGAUAAGCAUCCCUGUCUCUUUUAUGUGGGAUUCCCCCUGCCCUGCUAGGUGUCUAACCCAUGAAGAAUUGCCAAUGUGCUCCACAAAUUAGCAAAACAAUAGCACGCCUCUUCAAAUAUGCCUCUUGUUUGAAUAAGUGUCCCCCUGCUUGACUUAAAGAAUUAAAGGAGCAUAGCUCAGGUGGUCCUGGGGUGCCCAUGACCCCCAACCCCCCUUUGUGGGAUCAUUGUUUUAUGUCCCUAUAAUUCAGGUGGCCAAAACGCAUGAAUCUGAAGAAUCAACAUGCAAUAAAAUUCCAGUGCUAGAUAAUUACUUACUCCAUUUGCAGGACCUAACAUCUGCAGUGGUCCGAGUUCUUGUUCGUAACUAAAAUACAGUAAUUUAUGCUACAUGGAACUUAAUUAAUCUAUGCAGCUAUUUUGUAGGCUUGUCCCUCCCCCCAUGCUCACUGCUCAUCCGAAAAAAAAAAAAGUUACUUUUAGUAAAACAUGGCGUGGAUGUCGACAUGCCAAUUGUGUAAGUGCCCUGUGUGUGACAUGUGUGACUCCUCCUUUGAAAAAUCCUAGCUACGCCCCCCUGACCCUGGAUGCUAAAUUCACCAUUUGCUGCAUUUCUCUGUUAUUGACUUGGAGAUCAAAUGGGUUAAUUUAUUUUAACUUGAAACUUACAUUUGCAGAUACAUGGAAAACUGCCAUGUCCUUCAAGAUGGAAUGAGAAAACUUGGCUUUAAGAAGUUUUUAGACGACACCCAUGAAGGUUACAUCAUAACAUCCUACUACAACCCCACCCACCCUAACUACAACUUUGAGGAGUUCUACAGUCGCUUAAACAGUAGGGACCAAGUUAUCUACCCUGGAAAAGUAAGCAAUGCAGACUGCUUUAGGAUUGGCAACAUUGGAAAAUUGUACCCUGAAGAUAUGGAGCAUUUGCUUGAGUGUAUAAAAGAGGUCUUGGCUGAGAUGAAUGUAUCUGUUCCAUUGCAGGAUGGGUAGAUAGUGUCAUGAGUGACUGAAACCCUAUUUUGUCAAUAACAAGAUCAAAUAUGUGAUGAAAAAUGAUAAAUAGUAUUAUUGACAUAGAUCAAGAUCAUGGGAAUAAAAUUAUUAAAGUAAAACUAGAGCAAAAAUGUGGGUGAAGAAGAAAUAGCCUGUUGCAACAGGUUAGUUGAAUCAGUAGUUUCAGCCUUACUGAGGUGGGUCUGAUUUCUCUUAGGGUUUUUCAUUAUUAUUUUAGCCCGCACUGAAAGCUUUUUGCAGAUCAUAUGACCUUUGUGAUGCAAAACGUUUCCUUUCUUUCAAGUAACUAUCUUCCUUUUGGAUUCUGGGGCAAGUUGCCUAGAACAUACCACAAUGAGCAUGUGUAAGAUAUUAAAUUUUGAUGAUUGUUUGUGACUUAUGAAUAAUAUCCAAGGAUUACUGAGCGAUUCCUAAGAUUAUGUAUGCAGCUUGCCCAUAAGUCAAAAUCCUCAAAAUCCAAUGGCCAUUCCUGACCGCACAGCCUGCAAGGAAAAUUAUGCCUCAUAGCUGGGAGCUAGUAAAUUUUGCGAUUGCACAUGUGAAUUCUGUUCUUAACUUGCUGACGGAUGACUGUGUUUGUUUGGAGAAUUCAAAUUACAGGGCCGGGUUGUUAAAAGCUUGGUUAAGAUAA